AUUCAUUCAUUCGUUAUCUUCUAGGUAGUACCCAACCAACCACCCAUCCAACCAUGGCAUCCGUCGAAGGCGUUACUAUCCGCCCUGCAGUCUUCGAAGACAAGGACAAGAUCAUACAGAUCGACGUGGCCGAGGAGGACUUAAAGAAUAAGGAGUUCGACGACAUUAAAGACGAUCUGGAAGACGAAGACGACUUCGAUGAUGACGAAUCGUACAUGUUCGUCGCUGAAACCGAGACUGAAGUGAUCGGGUUCGCGAUGCUGGGAGACGUAGACAAGGGCGGGCGAGGCGGACUCAUCUGUGACAUGCGCGUCGACAAAGCCUGGCGAGAGGCCGGCGUGUACGAGAUGAUGUAUGACUACGUCAUCGAUUACGCCAAGAACGAGACAGGCAUGAAGUACAUCCGCACGACUGUCAACAAGUUUCCGGAGGGGACCAACGUCAAGGAGAUUGCCACACUGAAAUACAUCGCGUUCGAGGGCGAAGCCGAGACGCUGCGAGAGUCGCUCAAAUCCGUGCCGGCAAUGGAGGAGCUGCCCCUGGACACCGUGGUAGAAUACAAGCAACGGCACAUGCGUCUGAUGCUCCGGCCUGGUGUUGGCGAGAACGUCCUCACCCAAGGCCUUUUCUUCGCAGACGGCGACUCCUUUACUCUGUGUAAAGACAACCUGUACGAUUUAGACGAGGAAAACGACGUGUAUGUCGACAAUAACAAGCCUAUUCAGAGUAUAAGCUUCGGUACAGAUUUUGAAUGUGAUAGGGCGACGUUCUACGACAUUGAGGUAAACUGUAAGGAUAUCAGGCUGAUGAAAAGUCACAUCCUAAAACAGAUGCAAACUGCAUGUGUGACAGCAGAGGGGCAGGUUGUGUUUUCUGUGUUGGCCCUUGACUACGAAGAUGAGAUCAGAGAGUUCUGUAAAGGGAUCGAGGGGCUAGAAGAGGUUGAGCAGUUCAAUGAGACCGUUGUCUGGUCAAAGAUUGUUCUCUAUUCCGACUAACUCUAUACCAAGAGUGUCAAAGCCACCUUAAUGUGGAUUUGAUGGUGAACCUUUUAAGAACGUAACACAAAAAUGUGAUGCAAGCACAAAAUUGCUGACGAUCUCUGACAAGCUUUCUGACGAUUAUGUGCAUUAUAAUCUAGAGGAAAGUUUUUUUUAUCAGUCCAUUUUUGACAGCGUCAUUUCACAC